CACCAGUUCGUGCCAAGAUGGCGGUGCACCACCGGCAGACCAGCGCUUCUGCCAAGAAAAAAGUGCAGGUGUCGUACAUAAUCCGAGAUGAGGUGGAGAAGUACAACAGAUCCGGGGUCAACGCCCUCCAGCUGGACUUCCUACAGAAGAGACUGUUCACCUCAGGCAGGGACUCCAUCAUACGGAUAUGGAACGUCAACAACCUCUCCAGCAAGCAUGACCCGUAUAUCCAGUCCAUGGAACAUCACACAGACUGGGUCAACGACAUUGUACUGUGCUGUAAUGGACGAACUUUGAUCUCAGCUUCUUCAGACACUACAGUGAAGGUGUGGAACGCACAUAAGGGGUUCUGUAUGUCCACACUGAGAACUCACAAGGACUAUGUGAAAGCCCUAGCCUAUGCCCGGGAUAAGGAACAGGUGGCCUCGGCAGGGCUGGACAGACAGAUCUUCCUAUGGGAUGUCAACACUCUUACUGCACUCACUGCCUCCAAUAACACAGUCACAACUUCUUCUCUGACUGGAAACAAAGACUCCAUCUACAGUCUGGCCAUGAACCACUAUGGAACCAUCAUCAUUUCUGGCUCCACAGAGAAGGUGCUAAGAGUGUGGGAUCCUCGAACAUGUGCGAAACUCAUGAAGCUGAAGGGACACACAGACAAUGUCAAGGCCUUACUGGUCAACAGAGAUGGCACUCAGUGUUUAUCGGGCAGUUCAGACGGCACGAUCCGCCUGUGGUCCAUCGGCCAGCAGCGUUGCAUAGCAACCUACCGUGUCCAUGACGAUGGAGUCUGGGCGCUCCAGGCCAACGAGGCGUUCAGCACCUUCUACUCCGGUGGGCGAGACAGACGGGUUUAUCAGGUGGACAUGAGAAACCCGGAGAACAGAUUUCUGCUCUGUGAGGAGAAGGGACCAAUCGUUAAGCUACUCUUGACACAAGACAACUCCCAUAUCUGGGCGGCGACCACCCAGUCUAGUGUGAACUGUUGGCCGAUUUCAAACCAGCCGGCGAGAGUGUCAGGCGAUUACGACAACGAAAACCCUGUUCCUGUUUAUACACAGCCUGAGGGAACAGUUAAAGGUGGCCCCAGCAUUACCCAGUAUUACAUCCUAAAUGACAAGAGACACAUCCUGUCCAGGGACACCAACGGACACGUGGUGCUCUGGGAUGUGCUCAAGGCAUGUAAGGUUGAGGAUCUGGGCAAAGCUGAUCUGGAGGAGGAAAUCAAGGCCAGAUCUAAGAUGGUCUACGUCCCCAACUGGUUCUCAGUCGACCUCAAGACAGGGAUGCUGUGCAUACACCUGGAUGAGUCGGACUGUUUUGCUGCCUGGGUGUCUGCGAAGGAUGUGGGGUUUGGCAGCAACGACGGCUCUGAUCCCAAAUGUAGGUUAGGCAAUGUGAAUUUUGGAGGCCUCCUGCUCCAGGCCCUUUUGGAACACUGGCCCAGAACUCACACUCUGGAAGAGGAGGACCACUCCAACAAUACAGCUGUCUUGAACGGAAAUGCAGACACCACAGACGUGACAGUGCGGGUGGGGGGCAGCGUUACCAAGGGCAACGGGUACUUCAGCGUGCCCGGACACACGCCUGUCAUCUUCAGCGAAGUCGGCGGCAGAACGCUCUUCAGUGGCUGUAAUUCUAGGUUGUUGUGUCGUGACGCCGGAGCUGAGACUGAAGGGAUGCUGCUCAACGAUACUGUACCGGCCUGGGUUAUCGACAUAACUGUAGAUAAAAACAUGCCGAAGUUCCAGAAGAUUCCGUUCUACUUGCAGCCUCAUUCCACAUCAGGAGCCAAGACGCUCAAAAAGGACCGACUAUCAGCCAGUGACAUGCUGCAAGUGAGAAAAGUGAUGGAGCAUGUUUAUGAGAAGGUUCUUGGUGCAGACAACAUUUCACAGAACACAGCGUCUUCUGGAGGGGAGAAACCUGAACAGGAGAAGGAAGAGGACAUUUCUUCACUGGCAGAGGAGAAAAUAGAACUACUGUGUCAGGACCAGGUUCUGGACCCCAACAUGGAUCUCCGUACUGUAAAACACUUUAUCUGGAAAAGUGGAGGGGACCUCACCUUACACUACAGACAGAUCAAAUAGUACAGCACUUCUGAGUCCUGUCUUUAAAGUUAUAUCUAACAGUCUAAGGAGAGAUAACAUGAACAAUAAUUUAUGCUAAGGCUGAAUUUCAGAGCAUGUCAGCAGAACAUACUGCACCUGCGCGAAACCUGUAUUGCAUUGUGAAUAGCACGUUGGCAGAUAUGGUCAUAUUCACGUAUAUAAGAUUUACAUCCAAGCUCUAGUUUCCAAACAUUAUGUCGGAAAAUAUAUCUUCUGCAACAGGCAAAAUUCUGAUCCAAGAAAUCCAACGAAAACCGUGAAAAAUCAGGGUUUUGCGCAGGUGCAGUAAGUUUUGCCGACAUACUGAAUUUAGGGCAUCAGUAACAACGGUCAUGUGAUCAUCAGCCAAUCAGAUUUUACCAAGAACUUUAUGAUUGGUUGGGAUCAUUGACCAAUCAGAAAGAAGCAGU